AUGUCUUAUCUUCCAAGCAAAGGUAAAAAGUCAGACCAGAGCACUCCUUGGAGUGACUGGAUCUGGCUUGAGGAAAAGGGCUACUGGUAUGCUCAUCGAACAAAUUCCGAAGGAGACAAGGAGUACGAGUAUCGAUACCCUGAUAAACCUGAGAACCGAGCAGUGACGCCCAGAACAUCGGGGUUAGCUGACAUCUAUACGAUACCCCAAACCAACGAUUGCAAUGGUUUCGACCAUGAUGCAACUCCAAAGCCAUUUUACGCCGCUCCAGUCCCGACCCAUGAUGACUAUGGCUCUCCGGAUUCCACAGUCCAAAACUAUGGUAUAGCUUCUACCGAUCAUUCGAGCUCGAAUUGGUCAUCCGAAUACUCUUCUUCGGGCAAUGCUGCAUGGCAAUCAAACACAGACGUAGCUUCGCCGUCAAUCGACGCCACAGCACGUGCAUUUGAUGCUAUGUCAUUGGCAACACCGCAUAUUCCACCUACAGGAACAUUUGAUCCUGAGGUGAGUCAGGCAAUUGUAAAUGCAAAGCAUAUCUUCAAAACUCCAAACACCGGCAAUGCCGAAACUUUGGAUUCCAGAUAUACACUCUAUGGUGGAUUUCGUCUACAAGACGACUUUUGGAGGGUGGGCCGCGUGUUCAUGAUGUUGUGGACUGAGCCAGCACAGCCAAAAGUUCCUGUAACCGGAGGGACACGCAAUGGAUCUCACUUUAGCACCACGUUUCUUGGACAACAAGCAUAUAGUGAGAUUCGAAGGUUUGUGGUUUUGAUAAAGGGUCAUGGGAAUUCUGUUUGCUGUCCUAUACAAACAUACUCAGGACAAGCAACGCUCAAGCCCAACCUUCCGGCUCCUGAACGACAUACGAUUAUACACACAACACCGCAAGCUCCAGGAAUGCACAGCCGCGUAGCCAUUAAUGGUGAAUUGGAAUACGAGAAUCUCAUCUUGGAUCCUAUUCAGGUCGAUAGUGAACGAAGAAACGAAUCUGAGGGUCUAUUAAACUCAUUGAGUCGACUAAAUUACAGCAAGGUAUAUACUGUAGAGCAUUAUGUCCGUGUGUUAAAUAUCGGUAUGGUAUCCAGCAAUUCGAUUGGUGUUUUUCUCUACCAGUCGGGUUGGUCUCCAGGUAUUCAAACAGUUGAAUCACAGCGUCCUCGUUCAAACGUUCAACACAAAAGGACAUCUGGUCGUUCUUCCAACAAUCAUAGGAAUCGCCACUCUCAUAAGCAUAAUUAG